CUUUACCUGAGUAGUCCGUUUCUGAACACCGUUCUGCAAGAACGAAGAAGUGGUCGAAGUGGUUUUAUUUUGAAAAUUAGUGUAAUAUUUUUACAUAAUACGCGGCUUAGCUUGUAUUGUUAUAGUCACGGUUUUGUGUUGUACGCAUGAAAAGUUACCCUUUUUUUAACUCACUUUAAACAUUUCUAUUUAAAACCGGCACAGGGUGCAAAACUCAAUUAAUGACUUAAGUAACUUUACUUUUAUAAAUGAAAGCUUUUGACAUUAACAUUCCUCUGCUAUAGAAAAUGUGUGAAAAAUACAGUCGGUCAUAAUCCUUCGGGGUUACUUUCCCUUCAGCUGUUUAGCAAUACCGCAACAGUUUUGCAACCAAAUUGUUUAAAGUGGCGUUAAUAAUUGAUAGAUCGCGCAAAUAAUCGGGGGCAGUUACAAGUUAAGUGUUUUUAUUACUGAACAUCUCCAAGAGCACAAUGAUAUAGUGUUAUUACUUUACUUUGGGAUUUGUCUUUGAGAGUCUUUGGAGCAAGGAAACGGAUUGAAAAUCGGAUAACUGAUUAGGCUUCCUAUGUCACUGACGGCGGAAUUGAUACGGUUACCUUCAGCAAUCAAAACGCAAGCAACAAGAUGAGCAUGGACGCUGACAGCAGUUAUGGGGGCAGUGACACAGCUCAAGAUUCAACCUUAGGUCAUGACAACAAUUCCUUAGAAACUUCAAAUACUCAUGAUGAAGUAGACAAAUCCGUGAUGUCUUCGAGUGAAGGGAAUACCUACUUCAAAAAUGAAGUAACCUUACCUAUUAACUACAAGGAAGGCGAAGAAAAAACGUCAUUACCUCACUACUUAUCGACUGCCAAAUUAAAUAUAGAAGAAAGUGUCGACAAUAAUCACCAAUUAGACGAAUUAAGUAAGAACUACUCUAGCACACAUAACUUAAAUGCGGAAAGUCCGAAGUCGAGAAGGUCCGCCGGUAUCGAUAAUCCGGCAUAUGAGGAAGACGGCAAAGUACAUGCACCAUCGAGCAAUGGUGCCCUAAAAUCGACAUUCGACGAAAACAAAACUUACACGAAUGGCGAUUUAAAUACGUCCCCAACUUUGGCAUUCUCCUCCCCAAAUAAGGGCGAAGAACAAAUGGCGGAAGCUGUGAAUUUAGAAUUAAUCAAUUUGAAACCAGUCGGUAAAGAUGUGGUUGGUGGAUACGGUGGCACCAACGGCAUCAAUGACAUUCCAAUUAAGAAGGAAACGGAAGUCGAAAUCGGCAAUCCUUACGAUGAGUACUUCGUUCCGGUUAACGAGCAUCGUAAAUACAUGAGUCGAAUCCGAAAAGGGCGAAACAGCGUAACGUUCGCAGAGAAUGUGGCUACUGCUGGAGUCGACGAUUCCGGAUUAUCCGUUACAAUUCCAGAACGUGGAAUACUAGAAUACCCCGAAUGGCUUACAGCACUCAAACCACGGGGUGAAAAGCUCUACGUCACAAAGGAUAAGCGAGAUAAAAAGAAGAGGAAUAAGUGCUUGUGUUGGAGUAUAUGUCUAGUCUUUGUAGCAGCGGCUGUUAUUGUAGGAAUUUUAGCGGCAGUGGGAAUUAUUGGUAACCAAGAGGCUCAACCUGUCCAGGGAGCGCGACAGUUUAGUGACACUCCCGAGACAGAGAAGACGAAAACUAAGUCAGCGGGGGGUUUGUUUGGUGUCGCAGAUACGCCCGAAGAGUCGCCACCGCCUAGUUCUAGUAGUUACCCUCCCACGCCACAACCGGCGAUUAUUACAAUGGGAAAUCUACCCCCAACGACUGAUACCUCAAGAAUAGAAGUUCCUAGAGCGUUAGAAUCACAAGUUAUUAUAGACAAUUUGGAAUUUUCGGAUGAACUGGCGCACAAGAAUAGCUCAGAAUUUCGAAACCUGGCCGAAAGUGUUGAAAAGCAAUUAAUGAGAGCUUUGUUUUCCGAAGAUGAAAUCGCGAGUGGAAAGGCUAAGAUUCAGCUGAAAGUUAUGGAAUUUAUGCCUGGAAGUGUGGUCGUCAAGUAUCGCAUUUCUUGGAUUUUUACAGACGAAAACGAUGCAACGGAUCCUGUCGACAAAGAAUCCCUCAAUAGAAAACUGACGAAUACGCUUAACAGAAACUUCGGGUACUUAGAUGAAUAUCAUAUACCAGAAUCAACUAUUGCUACUGAAAAAAUUAUUAACAUGUGCCAAAUUGAUAAUAAUGGCUGUGAACAUACGUGCUCAUUCGAUUACGAAAACAAUGAUUUUAAAUGUGAAUGUCCCUUCAACAUGCAACUAAACACUAAUGAAAAAACGUGCGUUAACAUUCCAUUACCAGAACCUUCGUCGAGUACCGAAGCUGAAAGUAUGACAGAUUUUGAAUUCGAGCCCUCUCACGUGCAUCACCAUGGACAAGGUCGUUCUAAUGACGCAGAUAUUUAUACCGAACCUGAACCUUGGCCUACAACUCGACCGACGGAGACUCACAUUUAUACAACUUCCCCAAAACAUGACAUGGUGGAGCAUGAACCUGAUGAAAAUCAUACGCCAAAGCCGGAACCGGAACCAGAACCUUCAACGCAAUAUCACCUGGACACCCAUACACAAACUAUCCCGCAUGAGUAUGGUAUCACAAUUAAACCGGAACCUGAACCAGAACCUAGCACACAACGUCACCUUGAAGCCUAUACGCAUACUGUUCCACAGGAACAUGGUAUCAGUGCCGAACCGGAACCUACAGUCAAACCGGAACCAGAACCCAGCACGACACAUCACUGGGAAACUUAUACGCGUAUUAUUUCUCAUGAUCAUGGUAUCAGUGCCCAGCCGGAAACUACUGUCAAACCGGAAUCUGAACCAGAACCCAGCACGCCGCAUCAUAUUGGUAUCAGUGCCGAUCCGGAACCCGAACCAGAACCCACCACUCACCAUCGCCUGGAAGACUAUACACAUACUGUACCGCAUGACCAUGACAUCAGUGCCGAACCGGAAACUACAAUCAUACCGCAGCUUGGACCCGAAUCUAGCACGCAACAUCACCUGCAUAGUGCCAGCGCAGAUGCUGAACCUACAGUCAAACCGGAACCUGAACCAGAACCCACCACUCGUCAUCACGUUGACGACCACACACAUACUAUUCCGCAUGAUCAUGGUAUCAGUGCCGAACCGGAAUCUACUAUCAAACCGGAACCUGAACCGGAACCCGUAUCUACUACGCAACAUCACAUGCAUAGUGUCAGCGCAGACGCUGAACCUACAGUCAAACCAGAACCUAAUGUGAACGACGAUUCAGAAUUACAUGCAUACCAUACUCUCAAAACCGAGUUAGAGCACACAAUGCUUCCACCCACCAGCCAGGCACCCAAUACAGAACACAUGCAUGACCAUCAAAAUACUGAAGCUCAUCCAGAAACAGAACCUACUCAACCCACAGUGAAACCAGAACCUGAACCCACUACCCACUCAAAUGUGCCAUCUCAUGUACAUGAAAUUGAUCACGUGUCCGAGCACAAAACUGAACCCAACGUACGAGAAGAACAGCAUAUCCCUGUAUAUAUGAUCUCUGAACACGAACCUACAGAAAAACAUGAACCGGACAGUACCUCUCAUCAAUACGAAAUCUAUGUAACUCGCGAUACAACAGUAAAACCAGAUGAAUCUGAAUCGCACACUAGUAAGAGUGAGGAUCAUAACUCAUCGCACGAAAGCAAAAUGGAUUUAGAACAUGGUGUCGGUCAUAUAUACUUAGACAAUACAUCGAGUUCGACUUCCGAGCGGUCUACUAUUUCUGAUCAACCGAAACCUGUGAUUCCAGUGGAACCAGAUUUAGAUCAACCAGAAGCGGAGACAGAUAUUAGUACUAUUUCAAAAACAUCAUCUCCAUCUACUACAAGCCUAAAUGAUGAAGUAAUCGACAGUGUUCAGCAAACAACGGAUAGACAUACACAACCUGUUGAACAGGUCACAGAAUCAAGUUUACAACACAAUGCCAACCAAGCACAACUCACUACUACAUCACCGGAACCAACGAUAGCAACAGUGGAGGGUACAACACCAACGAUAAAAAGUGCUGACGAUAUGAAUAGUACGCCCAAAGACAUGAGUAAGCUUCAUCUGUCUGAAAUUGCUCCAGAAGGUACUACAGAUUUUACAAUGACCACUACAAUGAAAAUUGAGUCAAAUACAACACAACGUGUAAGAGAAGAAACAACAAUUAUUCCAGAUGUAAUCGAUUCAAAGUCGACUACAACCCACGUAUCUCCAAUCAGCGAAAACAUGCAAAUGAGCAAUGAAGAGGUCUCAAGCACCAAAAUGGAUGACGGCAAUAUGCGUAAUGCAAUGACACGAGAAGGUAAAUUAUCGGAUGUUUCUCUUGAAACCACAACUCAUGCAAUGACGACUUUAAAACAAAAUGAUGCAGACAGUAAAUCAGUGAUGCUUGACAUGAAAACUAUGCCUGGGAAAUAUGACAGCAUGGAACAAGAAGCAAACGACACAAGUCAGCCAUUAACACAUAGUAAUGGUGGAAAUGUAAUGGAAACGACAACUGAGAGAGUUACUGAAAGCUACGUAUUUAUUCCAGUCGCAAUUGUUAAUCAUGCUCACUCCGCAAGUACAGAGCAUACAAGUAAUGGAUCAACAACAGAAAGAGUAAUGGAUAUGUUCAGCUCUGAUUCAACAGAGGUUGCUCAUAAUUAUGACAAUAUGUCUCCGUUUUUACCAGACAUUGAGAAUGAUACUCUGAUCAACAACCUACACUCUGAUGUUGAUGGGUUUACAGAGCCGUCAUAUCAUGUUAAAGAAACGGAAAUGUACAUGUCCUCGGAAAAUCCUCCACGUAUGGAUAAGGACGAAAUGAACGAGACUAACCCUCGGGAUCGUUAUCCGGUGGACGCCGUUCUCUCAGUGCUACCACUUGAUGACAAUGAUACAGUGAAUUCUAAUGAAAUUGUAAAUAAAAUCGAGAGUCUACCAACUAAACAAAUAAAAAUUGAAAAUAAAACUGAAACUGUAAUACCAGAAGCGACAACUAAAACUGUCGUCAAGCAUAAGGAAGUUACACUUAGUCCAGAUAUUAUAAAUAACGUACACAGUAAUAAUUAUUUUUUGAGAUUACAAACUAGCACCGAAGCAGAACAUAGCACAGAACCUAUACCAAGAAAAGAGGCAAGUGAAAGUAUUACCGAAAACAAUAUAAGCACAGAGGAUUUAAUUGCUCAAGAAACUACUACGAAUAAACUACAAGAAAUAAACAAUGCCACAACUGUCCUUGUUGAAACAUUGCCGCCUGCGACUGAAAAGGUGUAUGUGAUAGACGAUAGAAUGGCAAACGAUUUUGAAAUUAUGCCCACCACGCAAACUCACAUGGACAAUGUUUCAACUGAAGCGCAUCAAUAUGAGGUGCAUGAAAAUUUGUCAGAGGAUGUAACCACGAUUAGAAAUAUUAUCAGACUGAGCACAACUGAGGCAACAACUCCAUCUCUGUUGCAAGUUUCCAACAGUCCCCUCCCAGUUAUACCUCUCUCCGAAGAGGAGUUGAACUCAAAGGAAGAGAAGAGAGGUGAUUUGAGGUCCGUAGAGAACAUUUAUGAUCCCAGGGAGUUACUAAACGAUAUCGCCGACGAAGAUAAAUUUAUUUUGAGUGAGAAAAAGGAAAAAUCUAACGAUGAUGCUAUGGCAACCGAUCGUACGAUUGUCACGUCGUCGACUUUCCAUAAAGAGGUUGUGGAUGAGGCGGAUCACUUUUACUUACAAAAUAUUAAAAACGCGACAACAGCGUCGGAUGUUAAACCUGUAACAGAAGGCUUCACUAUCAGUCACUUUUCGAGGUGCUCCAGUGGACAAUUUCAGUGCGCAAACGGCACCUCUAUCAUCGGUAGCACCUACUGUAUUUCGGAGAAUGAUCGGUGUGAUUCCGUCGAUGACUGUACUGAUGCAUCUGAUGAGAUUGGGUGCGCUGAAGAGCAGUGUCUUCAAAAUUUCCAGUGCCAAAACGGUCAAUGUUUAAAAAGAAUGCUUGUGUGUAAUGGAAUUUCUGACUGUACAGAUGGAAGCGAUGAACUGAACUGCGAAUCUUGGAAAUGCCGAUUUGAUGAAUUCUCGUGCGGUGAAAGUAAUCGCUGUAUACCGCUUUCAAUGAGAUGUGAUGGACGGAAAGAUUGUCCUAAAGGAGAUGACGAACACAGUUGUUACUCGCAACCAUGUAAAAAUGACGAAUAUAGUUGCAAUAAUAAGGACACCUGCAUUCCGGCCAGCUGGAGGUGUGAUGGUGAAAAAGACUGCAUGGAAGGCGAUGAUGAAAAUUUAUGUGAGUGUGCAUUUGAUCAAUUCAAAUGCGUAACAGGCGGAGGCUGCAUAGCGAAAGAUCAGAUAUGCGACGGACUUGAACAGUGUGCCGAUUCUUCUGAUGAAUGGGAUUGCAUCCGGCUGCAUGAGAACAUGGAACAGGCCAAUUACUUAGAGGCACGUCACAAUAUGACGUGGCUGCAAGUAUGCAGUUCACAUUGGAAUUCUUCCUUCUCGGAUAUGGCGUGUCAAAGCUUAGGAUUUGCGGGAUCCGCAUCUACAGAGUUUAUUAAGUUGAAGGAGAAUGCCACGCUCGACGCAUAUUACAAAUUAAAGGAGUCACAAUUUGAUGCUUCACUGCUAGCUUGGUUAGAAAAAACGGAUGAUUGCGACUCUGUUGUAUCACUAACUUGUCUGGAUUACGAGUGUGGAAGUAAAACAUCAUCAGACGUACCAUCUGCGAGAAUAAUAGGAGGUAACAGAGCAAGCGAAACUCAAUGGCCAGGUGUAGUUCUCCUUUACAACAAAAAGCACCACAUAUACUGCACCUCAACAGUGAUUGCGCCUAGCUGGGUCCUUGCCAGCUUUUCUUGCAUGUUUUCUGCAAAAUAUCUACCUGGCGACGCGGAUGGGUGGACUUUAUAUUCAGGUGGCACAAACUUCUCUGCCACCAUGCACAGUAGUGCACAACUUCGGUCUGUACGCAGAAUAAUCCCUCACCCACAGGCCAAAUACUCUGAAAUUGUGUACAGCAACGACAUUGUAUUGGUACAACUUGAUAUGCCUCUCCAUUUAGGUCCAAAUAUCAGUGCUAUCUGUUUGCCAAACGCUGAAAUUGAACCUCGCCAACUUUGUGUUACGGCGGGAUGGGGUGUGAAAACACCUGGAGAGUCCAACAGACAAGAGUAUCUCCACUAUUUACCAGUUCCUACACUUGAAACCGCACAGUGCAACUCAAGUGCUCAUUAUAAUGGACGAUUAACCACGGAUAAAAUCUGCGCGGGCUAUACGGACUCGGAUAGAACUCCGUGUUAUAACGACGAAGGUGCACCGCUAAUGUGCUUCUCAGAAAUUUCAAAUACGUGGGAAUUGCAGGGUCUGUUAUCAAACCACGCCAACUGUGGAAGAAAUCGACAUCCCGCGUUGUAUACUUCCAUUAACCACGACAUAAGGGGGUGGAUUACGAAUACCACCGGCAUACGUUUAACGAUGAACGAAAGGGCGGCGUCAAACUAAGUGAUGGCAAAAAAAUGUCCUGACUUUUACCUAGACUUUUAACGACUGGAUUGAUAAUUUUAUUUUUUAGUUUUUAGUACUGUAUUUAGUAGGGCCCUACCCUUAUCUACCUACUUUAUCGAGUGUUGAGAGUUUGAAAUGUUGUGUAAAUAGUGUAUAUGUUGAUUCUUGCUAAUUGUUAGAUAGGUAGUUAAGUUUUAAUUUUUACAAAUUAUUUUAAUUGCAUAUGUACAUGUUUGCCUAAUUGUUUAGUGAUAUAAUGAUGCAAUUAUAUAGUUACUUAUAAUGUC